AUGCCAUGUCGGCCUUGCAUGUCCACGGCACCCCGUGGCACAGAGCAACGAGGAGACCGUUUCAGCAUCGUCCCUAGUCCCCAGGUCUACCUUGGAGAAAGCGGGGAGGCGGUCGAGGCGCUAAGACGACCUUUGAUCUCACGGACGUUUAUCAGCACUAUACCACGUUGGACAAUGGUUCCAAGCCCUCCUCCUGCUUUGGGCGUUGACUGA